AUGCCGCAAAAACGCCGGGACACGCGCCGUCUCGCCUCGCGCUCGAGCUCUCUCUCGAGUCUUCCUCUUCUCCCGGACCCUAAUCCUCUUUCGUGGGAAUACUUUGCCGAAGGCGGGGUGCACGUCGUGUUCCGCUACGUUGGUGCCGAACGCUGUCUUCAAGGGAAAGUGCUGAAGGUGAGACAGCGGCCGCAUGCCGUCAAGUGGAAGCUCGUCGAGGAGUUUUGUGCUCUCGUCGGCGACCUGGAGAAGAACGGAGCAGAAAGGACUGGAAAAGGGGAGCAUCCCGACGCAUGUUCCGCCGAGGGGGACUCGACAGACCAAACAGAGACACAAGGUGGAGAGCACGAGCGGUGCGAACAGGCUCUGUUUCUGCUCCCCCGCCGCUCUGUCGAGUCGCUGUUGGCAGAUUCUCGAAGGAAGCGACGAACGCCCAGACGCGCCUCCCCUGCACAGGGCGCAGAGACACCCCACUCGUGUAGGGAGACAGCAGAACGCAAGGCCAACCCGAGCUGCUGCCAAGAGCAGGAAACUGUGUCUUCGUCUCUCUCGUCUCGAGAGGACGGAAACGCUGACGAUCUGUGUCCGUGUGUUGUGGAGGACGACUUUGUCGCCGUUCCACCGCCGCUUCUGGAUGGCAGCUCUUCGUACCGCAGAGAGAACGCGAAAGAACUGUGCGAGAGGCAGAAGCGAGGCCGAGACACCGGAGAGGCCCCCACAAGCGGUCUGGGGUCUCAGAUCCCUGCCGAGGGGCGGGUACACGUGGAGGAAGAGCAGGAAAGAGACGAAGAGGACGCGAGACUCCAUCUGCCUUCGUCCUCGUUUCUUUAUUUCAGUGUCGAAUUAAAGCCAAAAUGUGGACUCCUCGAAGACAGUCAGUCCGCAGAAAGCGGAGCGUCGGAUGAAGCCUAUCUACCAGAGAACGAGAGCAGCGCUUCGGUGUCUUCUCUUCCGCGUCAACACCGGAAAGAUGGCGACUGUGCCCAUGGUUCCGCUUCUCGGUCGGAACCGUCAUCCUCUCCGUCCUCCUCGCCUUUGUCUUCUCUCUCUUCUUCGUCUGCUUCUUCGUUGCCCGCCUCGCCACCGCUGUUGGCUAUCUCCCCGUCGCCUCCGGUGAGGGAAGGGAGAAGGAAGAAGGGAGGACGCGGCGCUUUGCCGAGUCGCUUCGCCAUGCAGCAGUUUCUCAAAGAGUCUCGCGGUGUCGUUCCGUCCCGUUCUCUCUUCGAUCCACCGCGUCUGUUCAGGUGUACGUACACCUCGUUCCGCUCGCAAAUCGCGCACUUGGCUGCGGUGCCUCAAAACAAUUUUUCUGCCUUCGUUGACGGACAGCCACUAGCCUCGAAAGCAUUCGGAAACCGCGGCCUUCGUCUUUGCUUUGGCACUCCAGAGAUCAAGCUGGAAACAAGAGAAAUAGCGGCAAGAGGACAAUGCUCGGGAUCAGGUCCGAGAGAAGGCGCAAGAGCAAGUGGAGCGGGAGUACGAGAGAGGCGGCGAGGUGAAGAACAGCGCGAAGAGGAAAUGCACGAGUCGCUCCUUGGCGAAUACAAUGGAGAGAAAACCAUCGACAUUGGAGAUCUUCUUGCAUGCAUAUGGGAAGAAGGGAGGGAUUUGUUCGAGAGCAUUUUGCUGCUGCAAGCGUUCGCGUCCUCGCAGCAGAGACUGGCUAUAUCGCUCGCCAGAGAACUGAAGCGAGCUGCCGCCGACAUGCAUGAACUCUUCCGAGAGGAAUAUCUGCUGACAUCCUUCGAGCGAUAUUGCGAGGCGGUGGCGCAAGGCCUGGCGCUGCUCAGAUACCCCGUGGCCACCCCGGCCCCUGCGUCUCAGGCGGGCUCUGCUUCUCCCGCUGAGUCCGCUACAUCGUACUCUCCCCCUUCGUGUUCGCCGCCGUCUUCUCCCUCUGCCGUCUCGUCUCUGUCUCUUGCUAAUCUCGGUCGAUUUUCUUCGGCUCUCGACGCAGCGCAGGCGCUCCAGAUGGCGCACGCCAGAGGCAAGUCGUAG